AUGGGUCGCAGGCAUGGAGUUAUUCGUGGCUUCAUAUUCGUCCUCUUUCUGCUGCUAUGUGCCACAGCCGCCGCGAACGUAAGCAGAGAGGAACAAAGUCACGCACGGGAAGGGGGAGGGGCGCAGGCAACUGCUGAGCCUUCCUUUUCCCUCCUUUCCGUUUGUAAGCAAGAGGCACAUAAGCUAUGUCCGCGUCAGGAGCAUGCGCCUCUCAAGUGCCUUCUUCACCACUUCGCAAGCUCGAGGUCGGGUCCAGGCAUAAACGAAGCAAGAAACCUCGCAUCGGCGAAUCCUCUCCGGCGCUCGUAUCGCAACACCGCAUUCUUCAAUAGGGAAUGCGCCGCUUGGCUGCGGGCGCGCGAGGAGUGUGUUUCUUUCGUCAGACGCGCCGGAUAUUGCCGUGAUGACGAGACGGCACGCGAAUGCCUCCGACGUAUCCCCCAGCAUGUGCUUCGUCCCAGCUGCCGUAACAGCGCGUAUUACAACAGCGUUUUACUCUAUGGAAAGAUGAAGCAACAACAACAACAAGAGAGCGUAUCACAAGACUCAUCCGCCUAA